CACGUAAGAGGACUACAUCCUGCAAUAUUCCUGAAGAGGUCAGAGGAUCCUGGCGAGCACCGGAUUUUAAGACUGAGAAAGGUAAUCUUGAGGUUUCUAUCGAUAUUGGUGCGACCUCAGCCACAAUGCACCAGAAAGUUGGCGAGAAGAAAACUGAAAUUAAAUUUGACUGCAUAUCUGGAAGUGACGAUGGCUAUUUUUUGACGAAAAGCGAAGUCCCAGAAUCGUACAAAUCAUUGUUUAAGCAAAUGAG